AAGGGAGAGAGAGUGUGAUUUUAUUGCUCUUCUAGGUGAUCGCUUUUCGUAUUUUGUUUUUUGACUUUUCUAGCUGCAGUAAUUUUUUUGAGGGGCGCUUGCAUUUAUUUUCCCCGGUUUACAAAAAUUAGAAAAAAAAGAUAUGACUGAGAAGUGCACCGGAUGAUAACCUUCCGAGGAGUGUCACAGUGCCACGAGGAAAUGAACUUGAAAAAAUCAAAAGUUGUGGUUUAGAGAAAGGAAGAGAAAAAAAAUAUGGAAAUCGGCGGUGAAGUGAGAACACAGAGGUCCUCAGAGACGAAAUAAAUUCCCCGCAUUAAUUCCGGUCGCAGAUUCCAUUCGUUGCAAGAUGUUGCUCGCCCCCGCCGCCCGUCUCCUGCUGCUGUGCCUCCUGUCGACGCCGCUCGCUUCCUCCCACGCCUUCCACGGGCGUCCUCGGCGACAUCGGCACCACGAGCGCAGAUUCUUCGAGAGCCGUGGCCACGCCCAUCGCGCCCAUGGCCACGCCCACUCUCAGCACCACCACGACGCCCACCGCCUCUACGCCGACGCCCACAGGCUGGUUUCGGCGAGUCACGUGGUCGAGAAUUCGGUCGGCGGGAACCGCGUGCCGAGUGCCCGCAAGACCGGCCAAGGGUCCCGAUGGGCGCUCACGUACCACGGCGCCGCCCACGAGCCCGCGGCCAUCAACAACACGGUGUCGAACGUGACGGCGCAGCUGGGAGGCGCCGCCUUCCUGCCUUGCCGGGUGGGCCACCUCGGGGACAGGCAGAUCUCCUGGAUCCGCAAACGCGACUGGCACGUCCUUACAUCCGGCGAGAUUCUGUACACCCCCGACCGCCGUUUCUCCGUGCUGCACGUGGCUGGUUCGCAAGACUGGACGCUUCACAUCAAGUACGUGAGCGUCAAGGACAACGGCACGUACGAGUGCCAGGUGUCCACAGGCACGGGCAUCAUCUCCCUCUUCGUCAACCUGGCAGUGGUCACGCCCGAGGCCCAUAUACCAGGGCACGGCCAGUACCACGUCAACCGCGGGUCGCCGAUCACGCUUGUCUGCGCCAUCGAGAACGUACCCACCCCGCCGCAGUAUGUCUUCUGGUACCACAACGGACGCCUCCUCAACUACCUUCCUGACCAGCCGGACUUGACCAUAGAGACGAGCCGAGAACCCAGCGCCGCCGUCAGUAGGCUGGAGGUGCGGAGGGCAAGGGAUGAUCACUCCGGAAACUACACGUGCAGUGCGCCCAACACGCUAGCUGCCUCUACGAUGGUGUUCGUUACUGAAGGCGACAAGACGGCGGCGGUGCAGCGGAUAGACUCGAACAGCGCGGCCGCCGCGGCUCCCCUCGCGGCGCUGUCGCUGCUCGCUGCCUCCUACGUCCUCGCCGUCAGAUGAAGUGGCGGCGGAGCGACGCCCUUCGCCAGCGCCGCCGCCGCCAGCAGCGGGGGGCGCCGCGCCCUCGCCUCGCCCCCCGUCGGCCG